UAUUAAGUGUAUUCCCCUAAACACACCUCAGCUCCUCUCCCACUCUCGGCGUUUCACUCUCGUCUCUCUCAGAGAAGGCCAUGGAUUUGCUGUCAGUCUCAUCCUCUUCUUCAUCUACCUCCCUAUUAUGCCCUCACUUCCUCUCCCGCUCCAAACCCUCCCACCAUUUCUCCUCAUUCAACCCCCCAAAAUCCUCCACCCCCAGAGCCUUCAUUCACAACUCCCUCCACACUGCCGCUCCCAAAUCCCUAGCCCUCGGCCUGGCCUUCGAAACCCGGCAGCGAGAGCAGCCCCAUGUCACUUUCCAACCUUCAGGCGUGUCUUCGCAGGCCCCCGCGACCGCCACGAGAGGCGCCGAGGCCGAUGCCAUGGGGCUUUUGCUCAGGGAGAGGAUUGUGUUCUUGGGGAGCCAGAUAGAUGACUUCGUGGCCGAUACUAUUAUCAGUCAGUUGCUGCUCUUGGACGCUCAGGACCACACUAAGGAUAUCCGUCUUUUUAUCAAUUCCCCUGGCGGGGCUUUGAGUGCUACGAUGGCCAUCUAUGAUGUUGUACAGCUCGUGAGGGCUGAUGUUUCCACAGUUGCACUUGGCAUAUCAGCAUCAACAGCUUCCAUAAUCCUUGGUGGUGGCACUAAAGGGAAGCGGCUGGCAAUGCCCAAUACACGGAUCAUGAUUCAUCAACCUCUCGGAGGUGCUAGCGGCCAAGCACUAGAUGUGGAAAUUCAAGCCCGAGAAGUGAUGCAUAAUAAGAAUAAUGUCACAAGAAUAAUUUCAGGAUCCACCGGUCGCUCAUUCGAACAAGUCCAGAAAGAUAUCGAUAGGGAUCGUUACAUGUCCCCUAUAGAAGCAGUUGAAUAUGGAAUAAUUGAUGGAGUAAUUGAUAGAGAUAGCAUUAUUCCUCUAGCUCCUGUGCCUGAAAAGGUGAAAGCAAGACUGAGUUAUGAGGAAAUCAGUAAAGAUCCAAGGAAAUUCUUGACACCUGAUGUUCCAGAUGAUGAGAUAUACUAGCUUUGGGUGUAAUAUUCUUACUAUUAUUCCUUUGUGCUAUUAAUUUGUCUACAACUUUAAGCUGAGGUAACUUACAAUUAAGAGAUUCUGCAAUUGUAGUGACGAAGUCUUGUUAGAUUUAAAAUUUUUGGAGUUAUUUGCUUUA